AUGAUUGAAUCGUAUGAAUGCGUGGAGAUAUGGUAUAUGUAUUGGAGCCGAGACUCGGAUUAUCAUCUGUUGCUGAAUGAAUCAAAACGUGUCGACAUAUUUAACAACUCUAUCGAUAUCUAUGACACGCGGGACGAGAUUCUGGCCAUAAUUGAGAUCUCAAUACUGACGCUAAUGUUUGUCUCGAUAUUAUUCGGCAAUUCAUUUGUUUUGAUGGCAUUAGUGGUGAGAAAACAGAAGAUGAAUCGAAUGUAUUACUACUUCCAUCACUUGUGCAUUGGAGACUUGAUGUGUGGCUUUUUCAAUGGUACUGUCUUGCCCCAACUGGCCUGGGAUAUAACAUACCGAUUCUACGGCGGAAACAUACUGUGCAAGGUAGUCAAGUACCUACAGAUUCUGGGCCCCUAUCUCUCGUCAUAUAUUCUGGUGAUCACAGCUAUAGACAGAUAUCAAGCCAUAUGUCAUCCAUUGCGGAACUGUUCGUGGACUCAACGGCGCUCGCAAUUAAUGAUAAUAAUGGCCUGGAUGCUAUCACUCAUCCUAUGCUGUCCACAACUCUACAUAUUUUCUUACCAACAAAUCCCUAAUAUGCCAAAUGUAUACGACUGUUGGGCAACAUUUACCGAUCACUGGGAGCGCAUAUACGUGACGUGGUAUGCAAUCACCCGCGAAAGCAUUGAAGAAAAUCAAAACUCGAUUCGUCUGAACUGCAAAAGUAAUGGACAUUCAGUUAACACCUGUUUUAUAAACUCGUCGACAGAUAACCACUCAUUAGGCAAACGAAUGACAUAUUCAAUGAGACAAUCAAAAGCCGCCAAAAGACAGACUGAAGUACGAAAGUCUCGCAACUCUUUGCCUAACAUAUCGCUGGUCGGCGGCAAUGGUGUUAACUCUACGCCGAGAACUCAUUCGUUGAGAUUUGUCUCGAGAGCCAAAAUAAAAACCGUCAAAAUAACGGUCGUUAUAAUGCUGUGUUAUAUCAUGUGCUCAACACCUUUCAUCAUGGUCCAAUUAUGGGUUCAUUGGUUCCCACAAACGCAACAUAUUUUAAAUACGAAUUCCUUUAUAACGUCUAAUCCAGUCACACGGGAGAACCUGUCUGAACCUGAAACCUUGUAUAUACCCACUAUGACAUGA